UCGAAUAUGGCGAAUGCCGCUCCUCCCUAAUAACCACUCUGGGCUGGGCCCCUAUGUUAAGACCCCCUAGGUUGCCUGCAUGGUAUGUCUACCCUUGUAUUCUGCCAUUUCUUUGUACCACAUGUCACCUUUAUACCCCCCCCCCCCCCCGCAGACCUGACGAUGCACACAAUGGCGCAUGAUUCUGGAGUGGUGCAGAAGCUGGACUUCUCUAGCGGUGAGGAAGAGGACAGUGUAAGCAAUGAGCGUGUGAAAGGUUCUCCGCAAUCAGAAGAGGCUGAGGAUACCCUCACCUGGAGGAGCCAUAAGAGCCCCUACCCCGUCACUCCUCAGAGGAACCAGAGGGGGCUCUCCCCAUCCCAGGAGGACGCCAGCCCUGAUAGUGACUGCUCUCCUCCAGCAAAGCUGUUUGCGGAGGGAGAAUGUCCAGGGACCCCUCUACAUUACAGCACAUGGAAGAAGCUGAAACUCUGCGACACGCCGUACACCCCAAAGAGUUUGCUGUACAAGAACCUCCCGUCACCCGGCGGGCGGGUGCCCUGUAGAGGGCAGAGGCUUCUGAGGUUUGCUGCUGGCACAGGUGCUGGAUUGGAAGACCCGGCGCUGGUCAACAUUAACCCUUUCACCCCUGAAACGUAUCGACAAAUGCAGCUUAACUCGAACGGCAAGAGGAAGGCGGAACAUUGCAGAGACAGAGAAGUUUCCGCAGGACAUCCUUCUAAGAGGUUUUUACUACGUGAAACAAACAUGGUGUCUCGAUACAAGACGGAAUUCCUGGAGAUCGAGAGGAUCGGGGCAGGGGAGUUCGGAGCAGUUUACAAGUGUGUGAAGAGACUGGACGGCUGCAUCUACGCCAUAAAGCGAUCAAAGAAGCCGCUGGCGGGAUCCACUGACGAGCAGCUGGCGUUAAGAGAAGUGUAUGCCCAUGCCGUGCUGGGCCAUCACCCACAUGUCGUGCGAUAUUACUCUGCCUGGGCAGAAGACACCCAUAUGAUCAUACAGAAUGAAUACUGCAAUGGUGGCAGCUUGCAGGACCUGAUCACAGAGAACUUGAAGAGCGGGCAGCUGGUGAUGGAGCAAGAGCUGAAGGAGAUUCUUCUACAAGUGUCCAUGGGGCUGAAGUAUAUACACAGCUCCGGCCUGGUGCACAUGGAUAUUAAGCCAAGUAAUAUCUUCAUCUGUCGGAAGCUGACUGAAGUGGGACAGGAGGACAGUGAUGGCGAGGAUGAGAUUUCCUCCACCAGCGUCCUGUAUAAGAUUGGUGAUCUCGGUCAUGUGACUUCUAUAACAAACCCACAAGUGGAGGAAGGAGACAGCAGGUUCCUGGCCAAUGAGAUUCUUCAGGAGGAUUACAGCCAGCUACCCAAGGCCGACCUCUUCGCUCUUGGCCUCACUAUUACGGCGGCAGCUGGCGCGAGCCCUCUACCGUGCAAUGACGACAGCUGGCACGACAUCAGAAAGGGCAACCUGCCAGAGAUUCCGCAGUCGCUCGCUCCUGGUUUUCUCGACCUCCUUAAGAUGUUGAUUCAUCAGGAUCCCGCAGCCAGACCCUCGGCAGCCACCCUGGUGAAGCAUCCGGUCCUGAGAAGAUCUCAUGGAAAGGCAGCCCAGCUCCAGAAACAACUCAAUGUAGAAAAAUUCAAGACCGCCAUGCUGGAGAGGGAACUUAAAGCAGCAAAACAGGCCCAGAAUUUCGGAAAGGACGAAUGCACGGAUCUUCCCUCCAAGUCAGAUUUACUGUGUAAAAGCAGGAAGAGACUAGUGGGGGGCAAAAAUGCCCGAUCAUUAAGCUUCACCUGUGGCGGCUAUUAAGCGUUUGAAGAACCAGAAGUCCCAGCAAGUUUCACAAGGUGGAAACUUUCUAUAUCCAGGCUACGUUCUGUAUAGUGGAGCGGGCCUCAUUCCUACGCGUCUCCAAUGACCAUGCGUCCUUAUCGCGGUCUGUAAAUAUGGCUUCCUCCUGCACCGUUCUCUAUAGAUGUGGCUUUAAAAAAUUUUUUUAAAUAUUUCACAUUUGAACGUGUAA